AUGGAUUAUGGUGCCAAUUCUUCUUUCUUUUCCCCUAGCACCUCACUUGAUGAUCCUUCAAAACCCUAUUUCUUACAUCAUGGUGAAAAACCCGGCAUAAUGUUUGUUAUUGAUGGAUUAACCAGUGACAAUUAUCACUCCUGGUCAAGAUCAAUGUCCAAAGUCAUCAACGCUAAAAACAAAAGUGGAUUCAUCAAUGGAAUCCUCAAGAAGCCGAUUACUGAAGCUGAUCCUCUUUAUUUGUCGUGGAUUCGAUGUAAUGAUAUGAUUGUCUUGUGGAUCCUCAAUUCAAUUGCGAAGAACAUAGGAUCAAGCAAUCUUUACAUUAAUAAUGCUGCCGACAUGUGGAAGGAUUUGCAAGAUCAUUUCUCACAAGGUAAUCGUCCACGAAUUCUUCAAUUGAGAAAAGCAAUUAGUUCAUUGAAACAAGAUCAGAAACUGCAAGUGAUUAUUACACAUAUUUGA